AUGAACAGCAUAAAAGAAGCUAUAUCAGCUAUCUCCAUAGGUAUAAUGGUCGCCGAGUUCCUUCGCAAAACUAGUCGCGUGUUGCAAGCCAUCGAGGUGUACAAGGAAUGUUUGAUUAUAUUACACAGUCAAACGCAGGCUAUCGAUAGUUCAUUGGCAAACUUUACAUUCCGAGAAAUCUACGAAGAAUUAAUCUGUGCUUACGUUUCUAUAAAGGAUUACACAAGUUCAGAAAAAUACCUCAGGGAACUCCUCCUAUACCUAGACUCUAAUGACACCGCUGAAAAAGGAUGGCUACAUUUAAGGCUGGCAGAAAUACUUCAGAUACAAAGUAAAUUAAUGGAGGCCUGGAAAUUUUACGAAUCAGCAAUCAACAUCAUGAAAACGAUGGGAAACACGCAUGGCUUGGCAAAAUGUUACGCAAAACUCGGAAUAAUGUUCCAAUCGCAUUGUCAAUAUGACAAAGCCAUAGAAUAUCAGGAGAAAGCACUCGCUAUCAGAAUAGAAAUUGGUGACAGGAAUGGAGAAGCAACCAGCUACGGAAACCUAGGAGCUUUGUUUCAUUCACUCGGUCAAUAUGGCAAGGCUCGAGAAUAUCAGGAGAAAGCACUCGCUAUCAAAAUACAAAUUGGUGACAGGAAUGGAGAAGCAACCAUCUACGGAAACCUAGGAGCUACGUUCCAGUUACUCUUUCAAUAUGACAAGGCCCGAGAAUAUCAGGAGAAAGCACUCGCUCUCAACAAAGAAAUUGGUGACAGGGAUGGAGAAGCAACAAGCUAUGGACAAUUAGGAACUUUGUUUCAUUCACUCGAUCAAUACGACAAGGCUCGAGAAUAUCAGGAGAAAGCACUCGCUAUCAGAAUAGAAAUUGGUGACAGGAAUGGAGAAGCAACCAGCUAUGGAAACCUAGGAGCUUUGUUCCAGUUACUCGGUCAAUAUGACAAGGCCCGAGAACAUCAGGAGAAAGCACUCGCUAUCAAAAAAGAAAUUGGAGACAGGAAUGGAGAAGCAACAAGCUACGGAAACCUAGGAACUUUGUUCCAGUUACUCGGUCAAUAUGACAAGGCCCGAGGAUAUCAGGAGAAAGCACUCGCUAUCAAAAAAGAAAUUGGAGACAGGAAUGGAGAAGCAACCAGCUAUGGAAACCUAGGAGCUUUGUUCCAGUUACUCGGUCAAUAUGACAAGGCCCGAGAAUAUCUGGAGAAAGCACUCGCUAUCAAAAAAGAAAUUGGAGACAGGAAUGGAGAAGCAACAAGCUACGGAAACCUAGGAACUUUGUUCCAGUUACUCGGUCAAUAUGACAAGGCCCGAGGAUAUCAGGAGAAAGCACUCGCUAUCAAAAAAGGAAUUGGGGACAGGAAUGGAGAAGCAAUCAGCUACGGAAACUUAGGAGUUUUGUUCAAAUCACUCUAUCAGUAUGACAAGGCCCAAGAACAUCAGGAGAAAGCACUCGUUAUCAAUAAAGAAACUGGUGACAGGAAUGGAGAAGCAACAAGCUACAGGAACCUAGGAACUUUAUUCCAAUCACUCAGUCAAUAUGACAAGGCCCAAGAAUAUCAGGAGAAAGCACUCACUAUCCAUAAAGAAAUUGGAGACAGGACUGGAGAAGCAACCAGCUACAGAAACCUAGGAUCUUUGUUUCGAUCACUCUGUCAAUAUGACAGGGCCCGAGAAUAUCUGGAGAAAGCACUCGCUAUCAAUAUAGAAAUUGGUGACAGGAAUGGAGAGGCAACGAGCUACGGAAACCUAGGAACUUUGUCCCAGUCCCUUUGUCACUAUGACAAGGCCCAAGAAUAUCAGAAGAAAGCACUCGCUAUAAGAAUAGAAAUUGAUGACAGGAGAGGAGAAGCAACAAGCUACAGUAACCUAGGAACUUUGUUCCAAUCACUCUGUCAAUAUCACAAGGCCCGUGAAUAUCAGGAGAAAGCACUCGCUACCAAUAAAGAAAUUGGAGACAGGAAUGGAGAAGCCACCAGCUACAGUAACUUAGGAACUUUGUUCCAAUCACUCUGUCAAUAUCACAAGGCCCGUGAAUAUCAGGAGAAAGCACUCGCUAUCAAUAAAGAAAUUGGAGACAGGAAUGGAGAAGCAACAAGCUACGGAAACCUAGGAACUUUGUUCCAGUUACUCGGUCAAUAUGACAAGGCCCGAAGAUAUCAGGAGAAAGCACUCGCUAUCAGUAUAGAAAUUGGUGACAGGAAUGGAGAAGCAACAAGCUACGGAAACCUAGGAACUUUGUUCCAAUCACUCUGUCAAUAUCACAAGGCCCGAGAAUAUCAGGAGAAAGCACUCCCUAUCAAAGUAGAAAUUGGUGACAGGAAUGGAGAAGCGAACAGCUGCGGAAACCUAGGAACUUUGUUCCAUUCACUCUGUCAAUACGAUAAGGCCCGAGAAUAUCAGGAGAGAGCACUCGCUAUCAGAAUAGAAAUUGGUGACAGGAAUGGAGAAGCAACCAGCUACGAAAACCUAGGAACUUUGUUCCAAUCACUCUGUCAAUACGACAAGGCCCGAGAAAAUCAGGAGAAAGCACUCGCCAUCAUGAUAGAAAUAUGUAACAGGAAUGGAGAAGCAUCAAUCUACGGAAACCUAGGAACUUUGUUCCAAUUACUUGGUCAAUAUGACAAGGCUCGAGAAUAUCAGGAGAAAGCACUUGCUAUCAGUAUAGAAAUUGGUGACAGGAAUGGAGAGGCAACCAGCUGCAGAAACCUAGGAGCUUUGUUCCAAUCACUCGGUCAAUUUGACAAGGCCCAAGAAUAUCAGGAGAAAGCAAUGGCUGUCAAAAUAGAAAUUGGUGACAGGAAUGGAGAAGCAAUAAGCUACGGAAACUUAGGAAUUUUGUUCCAAUUACUCGGUGAAUAUGACAAGGCCCGAGAAUAUCAGGAGAAAGCACUCGCUAUCACAAUAGAAACUGGUGACAGGGAAGGAAAAGGAACAUGCUAUGAAAUCCUCACGGAUUUGUUUAUCUCUCUUGGCAAGUAUGCAAAGGCUGACGACUAUCGAAAGAAAGCAAUGGAAAUUAGAAAGGGUAUCGAUGAUAGAUGCGGAGAAGCAGCAAAUUACAGACAGCUUGGGCUAAUUUCAGAAAAGUGUGGUGAAUAUGACAAGGCUCAAGAAUAUUACGAGAAAGCCCUUUCAAUUCACAUGGAAAUCGGUAGGAAAGAAAGAAUAGUAGUCAACUACAGCGAUUUAGGAAUGUGUCUCCUCACGCUUGGUAAAUAUGACAUGGCCGAAGAAUACCUUAAGCAGGCUCUCCUAUUAAGUAGGGAUAUUGGACAAAACUUGAACGAGUUUACCUGCCUUUUACAGCUAUCGGUGUUAAAUUUGUCACAAGGUCAUCUUGAAGAGGCUUCUACGUAUCUUUUUCAAGGCAUCGAAAAGUUCGAAACUUUGAGGGGUUUUCUUAAAGAAAACGACCAGUUUCAAAUAUCUCUUUUAGAAAGGCACGGCACCUUUCCUUACAAGUUGUUCAGUGAGUUGCUUUCUUCCACUGGAAAGCCUCAAGACGCCCUUUACGUCGAAGAACUGAGAAGGGCAAGAGGCCUGGCCAACUUGAUGGCAGCUCGGUACUCUAUUCAAGAGCAGAUCUCAAGCGAUCCACAGUCUUGGAGUGGCAUUCAAAGGAUCAUCGCAAAAGAAGCAGACUGCGCAUGCCUGUACAUUUCGGUUGGUACAAAUGAUGUACGGUUUUGGAUAUUUAAAGCAACGGGAGCUCUUCAUUUUUCAAAAAAGAAAGUGAGCUUGGACAAAAACAGGAUGACCGGAAUAGUCCCUGAGUUGGAUGAGUUUUUUAAAGAAGCCUUCCACACCCGCUCUAUUUUACCCGAACAGAAUUGCGAAGAUCGAUCUUUAGAUGACACCGAACUGAUGUCAUUUCACUACGGCAACCGCUCAGUGCUGCGUGACUAUGAUGCCAAAGAUUUCAAAACAAGUCUUCACUUGUGUUACAAGAUAAUUAUCGCUCCUGUGGCCCGUUUACUGAAGCAGCCCGAGAUCAUAAUUGUCCCUGAUUCCUGUGUGUACCAAGUGCCAUUUGCAGCCUUGGCUGACGAAGGAGGCAAGUAUCUAUCAGAGACAUGCAGAAUUCGGAUAGUUCCCUCUCUGACGACUCUCAAGCUUAUUGAAGACAGUCCUCUAGACUAUCACAGUCAGAUCGGGGCUCUAAUAGUGGGUGACCCUGUGGUUGGAAAGGUGAUUUACAAGGGAAAGUGCAGAAAUAUGAUACCAUUGCCGUGUGCAAGAAAGGAAGCAAAGAUGAUUGGAAGACUUCUUGGCGUAACGCCUCUGAUAGGACAUUCCGCGACAAAGCAUUCUGUACUCCAAGCGAUAAAUUCAGUGAGCCUGAUACACAUUGCUGCCCAUGGAUAUCCCGAAAGAGGGGAGAUUGCUCUCUCUCCCAAGCACCAUUCCCCACUCCCACCUUUUCCUCGAGAAGAAGAUUAUCUUUUGACGAUGGCCGAUAUUUCAAAAACUCGGUUGCGAGCUAAACUAGUGGUGCUUAGUUGUUGUCACAGUGCUCGUGGACAGAUUAGAACCGAGGGAGUUAUUGGAAUUGCCCGAGCGUUCUUAGGAUCCGGAGCUCGUUCAGUGUUAGCAGCACGAUGCACCCUGGAUGACAUAGCCACAGAGCAGUUCAUGAAUUGUUUCUACAAACAUUUGUUCCGCGGUGAAAGCGCCAGUGAGUCUCUCCAUAAGGCCAGGAAGUGGAUGAGAAAUAACGGCUUUGAGAAAGUUUCUCAAUGGGCGCCAUUUAUGAUAAUAGGCGACAACGUCAAAUUUGAUUUUGGAGACUGGCCGGAGCCUAGCGCAACUCAAGAGCCAUGA